AUGGCUGCGAGCACAGACUCCAGCCCCCGGGCACCGAAGGCCCUGGUCCUGGUCGGGGGAUACGGUACACGUCUGAGACCUCUGACGCUGACCGUGCCAAAGCCGAUCAUCGAUUUCGGAAAUAAACCCAUGAUAUGCCAUCAAAUUGAGGCGCUCAAAGAGGCGGGGUGUGACGAGGUGGUUCUUGCCAUCAACUACAGACCCCAGGUGAUGAUGGACUUCCUCAAGGAGUGGGAAGAGAAGCUGGGCAUCAAGAUCACCUGCUCCCAGGAGCCGGAGCCCAUGGGCACGGCGGGUCCUCUGGCGCUGGCCCGCCACAUCCUGGAGGAUGGCCAUGGCACGCCCUUCUUCGUGCUGAACAGCGAUGUCAUCUGCGAGUACCCACUGAAGGAGAUGCUGGAGGUGCACCGCGCCAGCGGCGCCGAGGCCACCAUCCUGGUGACCAAGGUGGAGGACCCAUCCAAGUACGGCGUGGUGGUGACCACGCCCGACGGCCGCGUGGACCGCUUCGUGGAGAAGCCGCGCGUCUUUGUGGGCGACCGCAUCAACGCCGGCAUCUACUGCCUGAACCCCAGCGUGCUGGACCGCAUUCAGCCCCGCCCCACCAGCAUCGAGAAGGAGGUGUUCCCCGCCAUCGCCGCCGAUGGGCGCCUGCACACCAUGAACCUGGAGGGGUACUGGAUGGAUGUGGGCCAGCCCAAGGACUACCUCACAGGGCUGGGCCUGCACCUGGCCUGCGUGCGGAACCGCCGCCCCCAGGAGCUGGCGGCGGGCGAGGGCGUGCGCGGAGACGUCAUCAUCGACGACACCGCCGUCAUCGGCCAGAACUGCCUCAUCGGACCCAACGUCUCCAUCGGCAAGCUGUGCGUGAUCGGGGAUGGCGUGCGCCUGAGCAACUGCGUCUUGCUGCACCGCGUCACCGUCAAGAACUACGCGAGGGUGUCGGACUCCAUCGUGGGCUGGGGCUCCUCAGUGGGCUCCUGGGCUCGUGUGGACAACAAGGCCGUGAUCGGGGAGGACGUGGUCAUCCGCGACGAGAUCUACAUGAACGGCGCCAUUGUCCUGCCGCACAAGGAGAUCAAGGAGUCCGUGCUGGACCCUGGCACCAUCAUCAUGUGA